AUGUACGAGGGAGCAGAGACUCAAAUUAAGAGUAAUGUGGGCACUACAGAAGUGUUCUUCGUUAAUGUUGAUUUGCAUCAGGGAUCGGCCCUUAGCCCUUAUUUGCUUGACGCGAUAAUGGACCUGUUGGUGCGCGACGUGAAGUGUGAGGCUCCGUGGAGUAUGCUGUUUGCGGAUGAUAUUGUGCCGUGUGAACUUUUCCAAACCAAGGCUGAGAAGAAACGGGAAGAUUGGAAGAAAGUUUUGGAAGAAAGGGGCAUGAAGAUUGGUAGAACUAAAACAGCUUACAUGAUUCUGAAUGGUAGAACGAGUGUAAUAUUAAAAUCCAAAAUGUGCCGCUCCCUUUGGUUCCGAGUUUUAAAUAUCUUGGGACAUUUGUCGAGAUGGGAGGAGGAUUGGAGUCGGAGGUGCAGCAUAGAAUUCAAUGUGGAUGAUGAACUGGAGGAAGCCGAGAGGUGUGUUAUGCGACAAGAAAGUUAG